UCUGAGUGAGGCUUGCCCCAAGGUCCCGUCAGAGCCGUUCCAUUGCCGUUUUGACUCAAGCGAUUUGGCUCACGUCGUCGCUAGUGUUAAGCGGUGUAGGUUGCAGCCAUCACCCAAUUGGUGUUGAUCAAUACCAGUUGGCCCCAUAAGAAAUUUCCAUGAAUAACUUUUGCUUGUUCCUUGUGAUAUGUUCGGCAAGUUUCGGCAUCGGCCCCGCAAGCGGUACAGCAGUUGGCCAGCACAAGGAUGCGAUCGAUCUCAGCCCAAGAACUCAACCGACAAGGCUGAUGCGGAAAGCACAUGGAAGCAAUGAUGUGUUUGCCGAUUCCGACGAGGACCACAUGACUGCUCUAGUUGACGUUGAUGGUCAUGUCUCUUAUUCUUCGGAGAUGGUGGAUUCCGAUCAGGAUGAUGAGUUUGGUGACAAUGCUUCAUGGGGCGAGGGGUUUAUUGAUCUCAACGAUGGUUCGUCCUCUGAUAUCGACGAUGAUUUCGAGCUCCCACCGUUCCCCAAUCAAAGCUUGCUGGAUGACAGCGCUGCGGAUUAUGAGGCCUCCGGACUCAGUUGUAGUGUCACUUCGCGUUUGUCUGGCAAUACGAACCACAAGGUAACGCCGGAUGCCAACAUCGUGGCUUCGAGCUAUUGGCAUAACAGGGCCGAUCAUGGCCGGGGGCAAAUGUGGCGUACCCGUCUCAACAAUUAUGGAACGACUUGGUGUUCCCACCACAAUGCCAGGGAUCAGUGGGUCCAAUGGGACUUUGGAGGAGACAAGAUUGUCACGAGGUCCCUGAACAUGGGAAGGCACACCUGUCACCAGUGGGUCAAGUCGUACAAGAUCCUGUACAAGUCGUCUACGCACAAUUGGAAGUGGUACCCGCACACGCUGAGCGGUGGCAACUGGCGCUGGUGCAGGGUGAACACGCUGAACCCUCCGGUGCGCGCGCGCUGGAUCCGAAUCUACGUGCAGACCUGGCACAACCACAUCAGCAUGAGAGCCGACUGGGACGGGUGUGCCCCGGCGGUGCCCGGCCCGAGGGGCGCCACGGGCGCGAAGGGCCCGCCUGGGCCUCCCGGGCCCAGGGGAGCUGCUGGCCAGAAGGGGGCUGCCGGAGCCAGAGGUGCUCCUGGAGCCAAUGGGGAUCGCGGAGCCCCAGGGGUUGCUGGUCGUCAGGGGCCCAGAGGACUCACUCCCAAGCCGAUCGACUGCAUCUGGGACGAGUGGGCAGACUACUCCGACUGCACCAAGUCUUGUGGCACCACGGAUCCCGGCACUCAGGUCCGGUCUCGUGGCUUCAAGGUCGAUCCACAGAACGGCGGCAAGGAUUGCGAAGGCAAGAUGUUCGAGACAAAAGAAGUGCAACGUGAAAGCGUGCCCCACGACGACCACCACGACCACCACAACGAAGAAGGCAAAGUCCAGCACCGUGCCUCUGCGUGCCGAUGGGCUGGUGUCCUUCACGGCGCUGGCAGCGGCCUCGAUCUCCCUGCUGCCGCUGUCAGAGUGAGUGCCCGGCAGCGCAGCGCGGCGGAUACAGUGAAGGAGGAGAAUUCUACGAUCGGCUGUCUACGAUGAGACUGCUGCUGCGUUCUCGUCGUGUCCGCUCGUGCCGCCUCCGGCAGAGGCCCGUAUGCCGUCGGAGAGCGUCGCGCGGUCUCUCGCUCUCUCUCUCUCUCUCUCCUCCUGGCCUCGCGUCGGGAGGUUUCUUGGAGUCUCCCAGGAAGACCAGUCGUGUCCUCGGUGCAAGAAGUGCCCAGGGAGCUCGCGCGCAUCGCGCGUGGCCUUGCGAGGCCAGCGCGGACCACGAGGAUCAUUAUUCCAAGCGUGACUGCUUGGCUCCUCGGGCCCCGGCUGUCGCGGAGGCUUCACCAGGGCUGUGGCUCAGAGGCGUCACGCCCUCCCGACUCCCUCACCCCGCAACGGGGUGAACGAGUCCGGAGGGCCCUGGCUGGCGUUUGGCUCACAACAGCUCCUAUUCGACACAGCCGCCCAGCCAGCCAACAUCAUGUGAAGUAGCUUCGUAAGACAUCUGCUUCUUCAUACGCCUCUUCUGCGGGUCCGUGGGGGCCGUUCCGUUUUUCACCCCCAGGCGGAAAAAAAGGGGCGCGUCCACUCUUGCUGCAGCUUGCAAGCGCUCGCUCGAGGAGCGCCGCGCCGCACCGCCUGGGGAAGUUGCCC